AUGACCGAAACUUCCCUUUCCCAGCGCGACGGCUCCAUCAGCUCGACCAAUUCAGGAGGCGGUGCCAGUGCCUUCCUCUCCAAAAUCACCAGAUCUCCCUCUCGCAGGCAUAAACCUCUGGGAUCCAACGGGUCCAUCGAUGCAACUCUUUCUGUCACAGGUUCGACACCACCACGCCCUCGUCCUCGACCAGGCUAUCCCCGUACCACCACUGCUCCUGCUGCCCCCGUCACUCUCAAUGCGAUCAAGGCCGACAUCGUUGCCCGCAAUAGUGAUGUGACUGGCGCCUCGAGCGCUUCCUCUCAGACCAUGUUCCCUAUUGCCGUCGAUAUGGUUUCCCGAACUCCUCUUCAGAAAUCUCCUAGCGAUCCCAACACCAUUGUUAGCAAUGGGCUGAAUGGCAAGCCUGCAUCUACAAUUGCGGAUGGAUUCAAGGCGGUUCCGUCAGAAAUGGACAUUGCAUACUCGUUGGCCACAAAUGGGAUGCUCUCCAGCAGUGCCACUGCCGCUCUCACCAAUGGAUCUGCAUUUCACGCACAUAUACAAGAGAUGACUACCAAAAGAAUAGCAACACUGGAUUAUUUGCGGAAAGCCCAUGAGGGAAGAUCGUUCUGGUUCAACACGGUCCGUUUCACCGAGGCCGACAUUUGCAAAUUACCAUCCUACACAGUGACCAGAUUGUCAAGACGAGCCAUGAAUUAUAUGCUCCUGGGUAUGUCGUUGCCUAUUGUUAUAGAUGUGCACCCACAGCCACAUGCUCAAAGCACGGCGGCCACAAUGACCGCGGUUGCACAAGACUAUCUGAGAAGUCUCAACACCCUCCUCGCAGAGUUCGAAUCGUUCCAACAAUUACAUCCCCCUGACGGAAGUACAGCGAGUUCUCUGAGCCGAGCCCGCAUCCCACAAAUGUUUAAAAGAUCUGGUACCAUCGCAAGACCACGAAAAUCCAGCGGACCAGUGUCAGAGAUUGGCCUCCCCAUGCUGCCACCUACCUCUUCUCCCCCCAGCAUGCCAGAAGGUGGUCAUCAUCACGUACCACAUGCUUCUAUAGACACCACCGCCACUGGGAUGACUUUCUCUUCCAAUGCCACGACUCUUGUCACACCUUCUCCUUCGGUCCCCUUGGCCUCAGGCAAUUUUGCCAGUGCCUCAGCAUUUCCCCCUCCAGGACCCUUUGAUGCGCCUAACUCAACAUUACUCACCAAUGAAGGGCCAUACACAUAUCUCCAGACGCCGCCCCUCCCCUUCUCCCCCGACUUUUUCACCGUCUUUGCCACGUUAUGUGACGUUCUCAUCGACACCUAUCAGCGACUGAUACAGAUCCUGGGCAGUUCGAGUGCAUGCACACCUCUUGUCAGCGAUCUAUUCAACAAAGUCGAUGCUCGGAUAAGAAAAGUGAUGAUUUCAGCCGUAGUUCGAGAAUUUGAGAGCGCUUCACGGGAAAAUGCAAAGCGGGAGUUGAUGGGAGUACAAAAAGUGGUUUUGGUUGGGUUGAUGGCAUAG